UGGUACUUGCCACCGAAACUUCUUCCAGUGACGAAUUUAGCCCGUCAUUGUUCACGUGUCGGCUUGCUAUUGGCCCGCUCCACGCCAUUUGGCGAUUGGGCUCCAUGCGACGGUUAUAAAUGCUGCAAUCCACGGCGGCAGCUGAUCGUCAGCCUCCACUUUCGCCUCCGCCUGCACGGCCACUGCCCUGCCAUAUAACGCGCGCCAUAGUUGCACACUACUCCUUUCCAAGCCUGCAGGAAAUUUAAAUUGAAUAAACCUAGAAUUUUUUGACCCUGCAAUUCAAACUCUAUCCCGGCAGCUUGGCAAUGACCCCGCUGUCCCGAGAAGAUGAAUCCCCAGAAGACGACAAGGACGAAGAAGCCAACCGCUUGCUUCAAUCUGAAUCCCGGCCUUCGUCUUUGGACGACGAAGAGGCCGCUUAUGAGGCGGGGGAGAAAAUUCUCAUUGUAGAUUUAGACUCUAUCGAUGAUAAGGAUUCGAUGACGGUGCCGCCUUUCUCGUGGAAGAAGCUAUGGCUAUUCACGGGACCGGGCUUCUUGAUGAGCAUAGCUUUUUUGGAUCCGGGAAAUCUCGAAGGAGAUCUCCAGUCUGGAGCCAUCGCCGGCUACUCCCUGCUCUGGCUAUUGAUGUGGGCCACAAUUAUGGGAUUGAUGAUUCAGCUUCUUUCCGCAAGGAUCGGGGUGGUCACUGGUCGGAACCUGGCGGAGCUGUGCAGAGACGAAUAUCCAAAUUGGGCUAGGUUGGUGCUGUGGUUCAUGGCCGAGCUGGCCUUGAUUGGUGCUGACAUUCAAGAGGUCAUCGGGAGUGCCAUCGCAAUACAAAUUCUUAGCCAUGGGGUGUUGCCGCUUUGGGCUGGAGUCGUGAUUACUGCUUCCGAUUGUUUCUUCUUUUUAUUUCUUGAGAAUUAUGGAGUAAGGAAGCUGGAAGCUGUUUUUGCAGUUCUCAUUGGGACAAUGGCCCUUUCUUUUGCCUGGAUGUUUGGUGACGCCAAACCUAGUGGAAAAGAACUCAUGAUGGGAAUUUUAGUUCCAAGACUUAGCUCAAAAACAAUUCGUCAGGCUGUGGGGGUUGUGGGUUGCGUCAUAAUGCCUCACAACGUGUUCUUACAUUCUGCUUUGGUGCAGUCAAGGGAAAUUGAUCCCCGUAAGAAAGGCCAGGUGCAGGAGGCUCUUAACUACUAUUCCAUUGAGUCAACAGUUGCUCUUUCAGUCUCCUUCAUCAUCAACCUAUUUGUCACCACAGUUUUUGCUAAGGGGUUUUACAGUUCAAAGCAGGCCAGUAGCAUAGGAUUGGUUAAUGCAGGGCAGUAUCUUCAGGAAAAGUAUGGAGGAGGGCUCUUCCCAAUUCUUUAUAUAUGGGGUAUUGGGUUAUUGGCAGCUGGGCAGAGUAGCACCAUUACUGGCACAUAUGCUGGGCAGUUCAUUAUGGGAGGUUUUCUCAACCUUCGUUUAAAGAAAUGGUUAAGGGCAUUAAUCACUCGAAGUUUUGCAAUUCUGCCAACAAUGGUUGUAGCUAUUGUUUUUAAUACAUCUGAAGCAUCAUUGGACAUUCUGAAUGAGUGGCUGAACGUGCUUCAGUCGAUGCAAAUUCCUUUUGCACUUAUCCCUCUGCUCACCUUGGUCUCCAAAGAACAGGUCAUGGGGACCUUUAGGAUUGGACUUGUUCUUGAGAGGGUAGCGUGGACUAUUGCUGCGCUGAUAAUGGUGAUCAAUGGGUAUCUAUUGUUAGAUUUCUUCCUGUCGGAAGUGAAAGGUCUGCUGUUUGGUUUUGUAGUUUGCUCCUGCACAGCUGCUUAUGUGGCAUUCAUUGUAUAUUUGAUUUCCCUAAGUGGUGCUGUUCCUUUUUCUUGGGUUAAUCUACUCGCCAAGAGAUUUUCUCUCUCUGAGGUUUGACUCGAGAAAUUCGUACAUCAUGAAAGAAGCCGGAACUAGUACUGCAAACUCUGCUCGACAAUCUUACACAUGGACUUUUGCUUCAUACAUCAAGAAGAAUGUGUCUCCAACCUUGUGACAUGCAUUAAAGGGAGCACGAGAUUGGACAAUUGAGAACACUAUAGUCAACCAGACUUAAUCUCGCGAAGUAGUUGCACAUGUUACCUUCCUGCUAACAAGAUGAAAUAUCCUUUUCCUAGGAAGAUAUGGACUGUGCACCAUUGCAUGACUUAUUCUUUUCAUACGUCAACUGCUUCUGUAUUCUUUGAUGUAAACAAAUUGUACGUAACAGUCAAAACAAUGUUUGAUUUCAUGAGGGGACAGAAUAGAUUUUCCUAGCUGUGGAUGGCUGGGGAGAGCACAGAGAUCAGUUGUAGGGCUAGACAAUAGAUUCCUUUGAUUUUGUCUAAAUUACAGCUAGUAAUAAUCUCAUUUGGGGGUGCUAUUCAGUUAAUGUGAAAUCACCAGCGAGCUGUUAGAAUUGUAAACUCUUACUAAAGUUACAGGCUGACUCUGCUGAGAAUUUAGGAACGCAUAAACUGAAGGGUUGGGAAAUGAAGGUGCGGCUGGCCAACGAAGAUGAACAAAUUGUUGCCACCUUUUUGAACCGCGAUGCAGCUGAUGUCUGCUUAUUGAGUUACAUGACAUGCUCAUCUCUAUUGUUUCAAAUUGGUUCUUCAUGUUCUUAAUGAAAAAUUCUCAGUUAAGAUCUUUAAAUA